GAAAAAAAAAAAAUCUUCCAGCUGAUCAGGCCGUUCUCAGCUGCAAGUGAUGGGAGCUCUGUUGAAUUAUUUCUCUUCGUAUGUUGCCGGGUUGUAAUAGUUCUUGAAAAUAUGGCCUCGACCGAAUCGGACACGCGGACAUCGCGAGAGGAUUCGAUUCGAAGCCCCAAAUUCGACGAUGACGAUUCACCCGAGCAUUCGGAGAGGAAAAGGCCCCUCGAUGGAGACUCGGAUCUCAGUGAUAGGAAAAAAUCUCACUUUACCGGAGAUGGGAGCAUUUAUCUGAAAGUCUUAGUACCAAGUGUAGCAGCUGGAGCAAUAAUUGGCAAAGGUGGUGAGACUAUUGCUCAAGUCCAAAAGGAAGUUAAUGCCAGAAUAAAAAUGUCAAAAGCAAAUGAUUUCUAUCCCGGUACAACAGAGAGAGUAUGUUUAAUUAAAGGAACUACAGAGAGUGUCAUGUCCAUGCUGACAUUUAUCUGUGAAAAAAUAAGAGACAAACCAGACCCUAAUGCCAAGCCAGCCAUGGACUUCGACAGUAAGACUCCAGCUGAGAGAGACAAACAGGUCAAGAUUCUUGUACCCAAUAGUACAGCUGGAAUGAUCAUUGGAAAAGGUGGCAGUUUCAUUAAGCAAAUUAAGGAGGAAAGUGGAGCCUAUAUACAGAUUUCUCAAAAAGCAAAAGACCAGGCUUUGCAAGAGAGGUGUAUCACCGUCAUUGGAGAUUCCGACUGCAACAGGAAGGCAUGCUGCAUGAUUCUCUCCAAAAUCGCCGAAGAUCCUCAAAGCGGGUCUUGCCUAAACGUCAGCUAUGCUGAAGUUACGGGACCUGUAGCCAACUUUAACCCUACAGGUUCGCCUUAUGCUCACAACGGUGGAGUCGGUGGCAGUGGCGGUGUAGGAGGUAAUGGUAAUUCGGGCGGAUACUCUCCGGUUCACAACGGGAACAAUGGAGCCUCUCCCUACUUAAACAAUAUGAGCGUGAACCUCAAUAUUGGUGUUGGUCUCUCACAACCCAACCCCGCCAUGCUCAGCCAGCUCAUGGAUCACCUGCGUUCAUCAUUGAGAAGUGCUGGGUACCCGGAGCAGAGUUUAUCGGAGGUGGGCCAGGCCAUCAAUACUUUGGCAAGUUAUGGCAUGAUUGGCAUGAACUUCAGUACGCACGGCAAUUCUGCCGUUGAUAGUGUGGCCAACGUUGCCGGUAGCUGGAUUAAUCACAACGUGUCGGCAUCAGACGGCGGUCAUGGUGUUCCAUCAAGUUCACCUGGUCCAUUUGGUCCCAUUGGCUCGUCGCCUCAUCGCUACAACGAAUCUUCUUUUGAUCCUUUUCGUGGACGUGGCAGCUACCAAACUCCCCUGCCGUUGAAUAAUAACUCGUUUGGAUUGGGUUCGCCCCAUUCGCCGGUUGCUCAAGAUCGCACCAGUGAUUCUAUCAAUACAUCACCAAGGGGCUCAGAAAACUCAAGGGCGGAGUUGCAAGUGGGUGAGCACAUAGUCGGUGCCAUUUUAGGUCCUGGCGGCAAGUCUUUACUGGAAAUCCAACAUUUCAGUGGGGCCAAUAUUCAAAUCUCCAAAAAGGGGAUUUACGCGCCGGGCACAAGAAACCGCUGGGUUACCAUCAGCGGUACUCCGAAUGCCAUCAGCACCGCACAAUACCUCAUCGAGCAGCGGAUCAGCGAAGAAGAGGCCAAGCGGGCUCGUCAUCAUAGUAGCACGACCGCAAUUCUAAAUCCGUCAUCGUCCAACAGCUCCACAACCACCGCCGCCGUUCAAUCCAUCGUUCCAAUCAUCCCUCCACCGAGCGCCCUCCAUUCGGCCAUGCCUAUUUAGGUGACCAUUGAUGUGAACAUGCGCACCCUCGACUUAAACUUGACACAUCUAUCCCCCCCCCCUCCACUCCCACUCCUCAUUUUCCUUCUUUACAAAAUUCAUCAUUAAAGUAGUAGAGAUUUUUAUUUCUUCACCUUUCCCCUCUACCCUAUCCCAUUGAUCUUGACUUAUUUCAAUUGAGUCUAGAUUUAUCAGGAAGGAAAAAGUGGUUGUGCCCUGCUCAGGCUCAAUCAUGCUGCCGUGAGCGGGAGGAGGAAAGAGGAGGUUUACGUUCUGACGAUUUCUUCCAAUGUACAGAGGGAAAAUAACAAAACAAAAGAAGUUAACCAAUUACUGUAGGAAAACAAAAGGAAGUAGACCUGGUUUAGUCACGUGGUGUGGAUUUUGUGUCGACACUUCCGAUUUCUUUUCUUUUCUCUUCCCACGGCUUGCUUUGUUUUUUUGUUAAAAGAAGGCAAAGAGGGGGAGAGAAGUGAGACAUUUUGUCAGACGAACCUGUCAAAGUGCCUUGGACUGUUUGACUUAGCAUUAUGUUGUAAUAACGAGCCUAGACAGGUUUAACAAAAACCGCUAUAACCUUUAUGGAAUGGUGGGUGAUACGCGAUUUGUUAGUAAGAUUAAUUAAAAAAAACAAUCAUUUGAAGGUGAUGAAAAAAAAACAGGUGUAGGUAUCUAUCAAAUCGUGCAAACAUCAAAUUUAAGAUGAGAAAAAUUAAGUAACUUCGUGGCUCUUACAAUCUUAUGUGUAAUUAUUUCUGAAACCCGCCUCUUUCUCCCCCAACACACUCUUUCACUCGCUCGACUUUGUUAUCAGAUACAAAUACAAAUUAAAUCUCGGAUGAGAUAUUAAA